UCGCUGCUGCCCGCGCCCGCCUCAGUCAGCCGCGCGCCACCGACACGAGUGCCGUUCGAGUCGCGCGACGCCCACUCCGUCGACAUCGACACGCAGCGGAGUAUGCUUCAACAGAUGUCCUCGUCGCCGGGCGCGCACGUCGGCGAGGUCGCGACUAUCUUGCGCCCCUUCGAAGGCCGCCAGUGUGGCGACGCGUCCUCCGACGGCUCCUCGGACACCGCUGAGGACUUGGAACUACCGCAGUGCAAGAUAAAAAGGAACUACAGUUGCACCAAGUGCAUGUUUUAUACACAAAACCCACGAGCUUAUCUUAUCCACACGCGUGACGUUCACUUCGUGAAGUUAAAGAUUUACGAUUGUGCCUUUUGUGUUUACGCCUCCCGACAUCACCAAAAACUACUGCGACACAUUAAAAUGGUCCACGGCGAGAGCGCCUCCGACAGACACGCGGAGAUGGAACCCCCGGCCCCGUCGACGACCGCGGCUACGGCCACUGAGUCAUCGGAGAAAGAGGAAGACAUGCUGGAAGAAGUAGAGGAGUGCGAUGAGGACAUGGACGUCGAUGAUUGCGGCGACGACCUCAUCGAGCGAUUGGAGGUCGACGGUGAAGCAGCAAUGCUCGUCAACGGAACCUCCGACGCUAAAAUAAAAGGAAACUUUUUUUCGUGCGACAAAUGCAAUUACGUGACGCAUAUUAGAGCGCGAUACACGAAGCACGUCAAGUACCAUUCGAUGCCGAUGAUAAAGUGUACCAUAUGUGACUUUCGGACGCCGUACAAAUGGAAUUUAGAUCGUCAUAUGAAAAACCACGGCGGCACGGGCAGCUUUUGCUGCUCGAUUUGCAACUUUACUGCCGACAUCAGGCAGAGUCUGACAGUGCACGAGAUGAAUCACCACACGCCGCCCGUGGGGCAGUUGACGUCGAACCGGCGUCGCAACCGAGUGGGCGCCAGCGACCUUUGCCUCGCCGAGGAGGCGGCGAGCGGGAGCGCGCGCGUCCCCAAGGAGGAGGAAGGGAGCGGCGACUCACGAUCCUCGCACUCGGCCUCGGAAAUGGGAUUACAGUACGCAGAAAGGGAACUGGUCAGUUGCAAUAGUGACUCGAAUGAUGCUUCUGAAACAUCUUCAAAGAAUGGUUCAAGUCAUACACGCACCGGCCGACAUCAAGAAUCAACUUUAGAUGAUUCAAAAUCACGUAAACAGAGCCGAAAGAUACCCAGACCAAUUCCACAGCUUAUACCUCUCAAUUCAUCAACCCCAAAUCAAAAUAAAACAUCAUCAGGUGAACCUCCGGUGAAGAAAUUCAAAGAGUCACUAUCAAGUGAUUCACCAGAUUCCAGUAACUCAAAUAGAUUAGACUGUCUACCGCCCGAUGUUACGUUUACACCGGUCGUUACCAGUGUUCCAGUUAAAGAAACAACAACGCGAAAGAAACAUGAAUCGUUCUUCGAUAAAUUAAAAGAAAGAUUGCUGACAGAGACAGGAGAAGAAGGAUCGCUAAGAUGUAAGAACUGCGGAUUCGAAAGCAAAUGUUUAUCGGAACAUUCGGUGCAUGAAAAAACAUGCUCGACUCAAACUAGCAGAGCACCCGCCAAUACUUUGAUGGCGAGUUUAAGUUCAACGAGAUGUCAAAAUUGCAGACACAGGUGCAAAUCUAGUGCAGAUCUUUACGUACACAUGAAAACUUGCAAGAAAAAUGAAGAAGAAACAAAAGAAAUUCCAACACAAACACAAGACAGCAGUGAAGCUGUGUGCUCGAAUUCAGAGAAAGAAGUAGAACCUCAUCCUAUGGAGAAUGUUGUGUUUGUGUGGAAUAAUAUCAAUACGGAGACCAAUAAAUUCGACACACCGCUCGAUAUUAGCAUCAAUGAUGAUUCUACACUUCCAGAACCGCCUCAAAGUUUUGACUCUGAAAACGUUGAUGAAAAUGAAGGUAUGAAUCUGUCUCCGAGUCAAGCUGUGGGAAAAAAGGUAUUCAAAUGCCCACACUGUAUGUUUUGGGCUUCGACAGCGUCCCGGUUUCACGUACAUAUUGUAGGACAUUUAAAUAAGAAGCCGUUCGAAUGUUCUCAGUGCAAAUACAAGUCUAAUUGGAGAUGGGAUAUAACAAAACAUAUCAAAUUGAGGUCUGCCAGGGAUCCUAACCACACAGAUGCAAAAGUGUUAAUGACAGAUGAGACAGGAAGAAGGAAUUACAGUAAAUACAAUAAAUUUUUGGCAAUGCCCAUACUUAAUGAAAAUGGAGAGAAUGAAUUUCAUUAUAUUGAACAGAAUACAAAUGUCGAUGCGUCUUUAGACGUCGACGAAAGUUACAACGAUGCAAACGAACUUACUAACACGUCAACAGAUAUGCAGCCACUUGAUUUACAAACUCAACAUGGCGACUACAAAUACAGCUUGGACAAUAGGAGUGAAGACACGAAGAGGCCUAAAAAAACUUUAUGGAAAUGUAAAAAAUGCAAUUACAGAGACUCAUCGAAAGAAGCCCUUUUGGAACAUGUUCGGGAACAUUCGAAGGCGACUUCGUAUGGUUUAGACGACGCAAAAUCUCAGCAGAACGCUAGCGGAGCGACCAAGAAGCCCGACAAUACAACUGACCCCGCCGACUUGGCGUACCGCUGCGGUCAUUGCAAUCAGCUGUCUAAUUGGAAACAUGUUAUUCAGAGGCACUGCAGACUUAAACAUGAUGGGGUUAUAAAAGUUGUUACUACAGUGAAGCCGAAAGUGGAAGGGUCGGCCUUGUCAAACGAGUCCGUGCCGGAUUCCUGUACCAAGUGUCCUUUUAAAUGUAACGAUAAGACGUCGUUGAUCAUACACAUGCAACAACACCAGCCCUCGCCGCAGUCGAUAUUCAAGUGCUAUUUCUGUCCAUUCUUUGUGAAGGACGAACAAGAACUGGUGCAACAUUUAGUUCUCCACGGCAUCACUGACCCCGAAGAUUACAUCGCGAAGGCUAUGGGUUGCAAAUCACCGAUGAAUGAACCUCAAAGUACACAUACAUUGUCGACUAAGCGCCACAAAUGCACAGAGUGUCCGUACGAGACCAACAGCAAAUCUCAGUACAUGUAUCACGAGCAAUUCCACCGACUGCCCGCAGACACUCCAUACAAAUGUCCCGAAUGCAACUACAGCGUUUCCAAACGACACCUUCUCCACCAACAUAUGAGGGUUCACGGUAUCAUAUCGAAAAAAACUGAAUUCGAAACAGAUCUUGAAGCUUCCACUUCGAUUUCUUAUAAGACUGAAAGUAAAUCUGACCCCAAUCUCGAUGAAAUUCCGUACGUUUGGGUCUCUGCGAAGAAUGAAUUCCACAAAAUGUAUAAAUGUCGAUAUUGCUCCUACGUUAAUACUCAAAAAUGUAAAAUACCGAAUCAUGAAAAAAUCCAUUGCGUCGCAAACACACACAAUGAAGUAUUGGUGUACAAAUGUUUAGAUUGUAAAUUUACUUGUGAUAGUUCCGGAAGAUUAGCUGAUCACUCCAAGACUCACGGCGAAAUAUAUGGCCGCAUUUAUUGUCCCGUCGACACAGAUGUCCCUGAUGAAGACCAGAUAGCGAAACUGCGUAAAGUAAUCGAAGAAGAAAAAAUGAAUGCAGCCGAUGAAUUCGUCAAAGAGGAAUGUUUGACUCCCGAAAACAAGGUAAUAAAAACUUUACAUUUUUGUCAAAAAUGUCCAUCGCGAUUCUUCACAGACACUGAAUUAAAAGUUCACGACAAAUUCCACGAUCUCUCAUUUCCACACAAAUGCAGGAGUUGUGAAUUUUCUACACUUCACGACAUUGAAUUAGCUGCGCAUGUUUUUGUUCACUCCGAUGAAUAUCACACCAAAACCAAAAUGCUUAAGUUCAUUCAUAAUACGGACCCGGCGCACCCUGAACCUCGGCUGGAGCUAAUACACUGCGCUGCGACCUCCGAAAUAAACUGGGUGGUCAACCUUCCCAGUAAAAAUUAUGAUGACAUGGACAUUUCGCCUAAGAAGUCCCACGAAGGAAAACAUGUUCCAAAACAGUAUCUAUGCAAAGAAUGUCCUGCAAAGUUCUUUAAAACUUCGGCGCUGAACUAUCAUAUGAGUUUACAUGGUGGCGACGGAGAAAAUAAAUGUAAAAAGUGCAGCUACGCCGUCAAGAAUAUUGGCAAUUUAGCCAAACACGAGUUGUUACAUGAAACAGACGCUAAGUCUACCUGUGAUUAUGAAUCCGGCGAAGAUAUGGACUACAAAAAUAUCCCACUGUCAGGUACUGACCUAUUUCAAAGAAAGACUGAGGCUCAAAAAAGAGUUUUAAAUGAUAAAGAUAAACUCGUCAAACCUAAUGACCAUUUUCCACCUGUACUUCAAGCAGACCCUCAAUUUGGAUAUCUGAUGCAUGGUAAUCCAGAGUUCAUAUAUCCGACAUAUCUAAAAAAUGGACGACAAAAAGAGAAGCGAUACAAGUGCCAUAAAUGUCCAUCCGCGUUUGAGAAGAGAGAACAGUAUAAAAUUCAUUUAUCAUUACACGGCUCUAAGCAGCGAUACAAGUGUGAACUCUGCGACUACUCUGUAAAGUAUUACGCUAAUUAUGUUCAACAUAUGAGAAAACAUCAAAAGAACGAUGAAGCUGUGGCUGAAAGAAGAAAAGGUAGCGAUGGAUUCCUUGAAUCAGAGGAGCCUUCAGGAAACAAAAAAGAUGAUAGCACAGAUAACAUUAAAUUGGCGAUCAAAACUAUGCCAAAAGGUGUGCCAAAAAGCGAUUUCCAACAAUUUUCCAUAAGUGAUCAACAAACACUUAGGCUAUUACAACGUAGAUGUGCUUUAAAUAAUUCUGUAAAUGAUACAAACAAAACGGAUGCGACGCCGACCAAGGAUCGAAAAUUACAUCCAUGUUUCUUAUGUCCAUAUACAAACCAGCGUCAGGAUGCUCUGGGUAACCAUUUCAGAAGGCAUGAUAAAAAUGACAACUUUAGUAAUGGCAACCAUAAAUGUUCAUUUUGUGACUUGGCUGUCGUGCAAUCACAUUUCUUACGGGACCAUUUGAAAACUCAUUUCAACUAUCAGAAAAAUCUCACGGCCGAAUGUUAUGUCGCCAAUGAAGAUGUAAGGUUUACAAUAACAAAAUUAGAUGAUGAAGAAAGUGUCAUUGAUCUCAAAUUAGAUAUACAAAGAAAAGUAGAUAUAUGUAAUGAUGAAAAGGUAUUUGUAAAAAUUAAAACAGGUGAAUUAUUGGUAGGAUGAAAUUAGUUUAAAGAAAGUGCAGCAUUUAGGAUACAAGUUAGGUGUAAGACGAAUAUUGUGCGGGACAAAAUAGAUUCUUGUGAGCCAAAAAAAACUUGUUGAUAUUCACCAAAGUGUAGCUUGCCAUAUUAGAUAAUAGAAAUUCUGGAUAUGACAUUGAAAACUUUAUCAUUGAUCAAUUUACGACAUAGCCAAUGUGCCUGCUGUCAACUGUGUAUAGUCAUACAAGGAUGUCUGGCCCGGUGAGAGGCGCUACUAUCAGUUCUGUCAGAAAAUAUGUUAAAAGUGUCAUAAUUUAAUUUCACUUAUACCUACUGGGUCAGACAACUUGUCAGUCUAUAAGUCUCAGUGACUACAAAUUACAUGUACAUCAAUACCUAUAUUCAUGUAUUUGUAAGAUGUUAACGACCUUUGAGAUUUUAGUAUUGAUUUUUUUUUAACAAUUAGAAAUGUUUGUAGCUUUGUGAUAUGUAUUUAUAUGUUCUUAUUGUUAAUAUGUAAUUAUUGAUAGAUUGUUCUGUGGUGAUAUAAUAGUUUAUCAUUUAGUCUGAAACACCAAAUUUAACAGUGGAUAAAAUAAAAUUAUAGUAAAUACUAUAAUUUUAUUUCUGUCCUAGAACUUUUUAUAUAAACAGUUUGAAGAUGUAAUUGAGGUUAUGUGGACAAUAUUGUCUAAAGCACCUGGAAUGUUGAAUUUGUCUCAUCAAAAUGCAGACAAUAAUCCUGAUAAAGAAUUUAAUGCAAAUAAACAAUUUUGAUAUUUUGAGUAUGAAAAUAUGAGAUUUAUACCUAAACUAUAUGUCCAGAAACUUAAAUUUUAUUGUAAAACCAUGGUUUGUAAGAAUUUGGUAAAAAUUAUGUGUUUAUAAUAUACAUAUAUCUAUGUUUAUUCCUGUCCUAAAGGACUCAUUCCUGUUAUUGUAAAUAAGUGAAAUAAUAGAUGAAUACAUAAUUAUGAUCUGAAA